GAAAACAAUGGGGAACAAGUUGUUGUUGCUUCUGCUUCUUUCUCUUGUGCAUGCUUAUUCAGGAGAAUCUACAGUCAGAUAUCUUCCUGGUUUCCAAGGCCCUCUUCCUUUCGAGCUUGAAACUGGGUACAUUGGUGUUGGUGAGGCAGAUGAAGAACAAUUUUUCUACUACUUUAUCAAAUCUGAGAGAAACCCAAAAGAAGACCCUCUUCUUAUCUGGUUAGCCGGAGGACCUGGCUGCUCUUCUAUCUCUGGCCUUGUUCUUGAAAAUGGACCUCUGGCUUUCAGUAUUGAGUCUGACAGUGGAAACACCCCAUCAUUGGUCUCUACUACAUAUUCAUGGACUAAGGUGGCGAAUAUAAUCUAUUUGGAUCAGCCAGUUGGCACUGGCUUCUCUUACUCAAAAAACCGACUUGCUAAAAUACAAAGUGACACAAGAUCAGCUAAGCGGGUCCAUGAGUUUGUUCGUAAUUGGCUAGCCAAGCAUCCUGAGUAUUUCUCCAAUCCUUUCUAUGUCACCGGGAAUUCUUAUUCCGGUAAAACGGUUCCAGCUGUUGUUCAAGAAAUCUCAAUUGGAAAUGGUCUAGGCUGUAAACCUCAAAUAAACCUUCAGGGUUACGUGCUGGGAAAUCCUGUAACAGAAGAAGAUCGCGAUAAGAACUGGCGCAUUCCAUAUGCUCAUGGAAUGGGUUUGAUCUCUAAUGAAAUCUACGAGUCGCUAAGGAGAAGCUGCAGAGAAAAUUAUGUUAAAGUGGAUCCUCUUAACACUGAAUGCAUGAAUCUCCUUGAAGAGUUUGACAAGUGUGUUAAUGGAUUAGAUAUGGCAUAUAUUCUAGGACCACAGUACAAAAACCCGUCUAACCCCUAUGACACCAGCCCGGAUGGGCAUCGCUUGACUGUGCAGUCAUUCCGCUGGGCCAAUGAGGAGAGUGUGCGCAGAGCCCUUCAUGUGGAGAAGGGGAGUAUAGGAGAAUGGUCUCGAUGUCCUCGGAAAAUGCCUUACAAAUCAGACAUUAACAGCAGUGUACCAUACCAUAAGAACAACAGCAUCCAAGGAUUUCGAUCUCUCAUCUUCAGUGGUGAUCACGACAUGAUUGUCCCUUUCUUUGCUACUCAAGACUGGAUAAGAUCGCUCAACUAUUCAAUUGUUGAUGAUUGGAGGCCAUGGAUGGUUCACAAUCAAGUUGCUGGAUACACAAGGACUUAUGCCAAUAAGAUGACAUUUGCCACUGUUAAAGGCGGUGAGCACUCGAUAGCGCAUAAACAAGAGGAGGACUCGGUUAUGUUCAAGAGAUGGAUUAGUGGCCAACCUCUGUAACAGCUUAUCAGCGAUUUGAUAACAAGAUUAAAAAAACUGCAAAAUCUUUAUAUGAUGUCUACGUAAUUUAUUGUAAGUGAGCCCAAUGUUAUGGGGCGAAUUGUAUUAGUCAGCGAACAUUCAAAAGACUUUGGCAGUACUUGAUUUGUGGAGUUCAGCAACUAGGUAAAUGGAUUCUAGAUGAGC